CCAUCCCAAAAAUCAUUCAGAACGAAACAAAAGCUCGCCAAAGCUUCGAGGCAGAACCGUCCCAUACCUCAAUGGUUCAGGCUUAAGACCGAUAACAAGAUCCAGUACAAUGCCAAACGUCGACACUGGCGUCGAACCAAGCUCGGCAUCUAG